AUGAUGCAUUUUGGAGCAAAACAGGAUUUGGACUUCAACCAGCUCAUGCCAAGCAUCAACUUUAAGAGGGCCCAGAAAAAGAUCUACUCAAUGGAUUUCAUCAAGACCAGUUCCCUGCGUGCUCUGAUUGAGUUAACUUUCCAACGCAACUGGAAUGGCCUCAUUUGGAUGAGUAGAAAAGGAGUUAUAGCCAAAAGAGUGAAGACUGCUCCAGACGGCUCUAUCGAGAAUCAGCGCCCAACGCGCAGUCCGGCUGGCCGAGGAACGAAUGUUCCGCGCUCGGCCAAAACCGUAUCCGUCCGACUGAAGUCUCGGCCAAAGUCCAAACCAUCGGCCGAUCACGCAACACGACCCGGGAAACAUUGUCCCGCGGUCGGCCAAGCCCAACGUCACGCCACGCCGCGCACGACCAGCGCGCGAGCCGGGAAACAAGCCUCGCGGCCGCGCAACUUCCGCGUACCACGGCCGAUGCAUCCGUCCGAGCCGGGAAGAACGUCCCACGUCCGGCCGAGAAACCAUCGGCCAAAUCUAUCCGCCGACCAGCCGGCCGACCAUGAAACCAUCCGGCCCGACCGUUCCGACUCGGCCCAAGACCCGACUGUCCGGCCGAUCGUCCCGACCGACCGUCCGAACGCCGCGGUCGACCCGAAGCCGUUUUUGAAGCCCAAUCCGCACAAUUCAAGCCCAAAGCCGGCGCCGACCUAG